AUCUUCUUGACUUCCUCACUAGUGAAAUUGUGUUUCUUCUCUUUCAAUCUUUCAUCUUUAAUGUAAUGGACGAUGAUCCUCAAUCUUCCCAAUCUCCUACCGCCGUUAAUGGUUCAGUUCGACCAGAAAACGAACUCAUUACUACCUCCGAAGAAGCGACCCAUGCUUAUAAUGGUUUAAAAUCAACAGUCGAUGUCUCUACUACGUCUUUAACCUGGAAUAAAAACACUAAGAAGAAGAAGAAGAGGCGAUGUCUGGAUGCGUCAGAUUCGGCUUCAUCCUCUACGGGUCCGUCUCUUCCCGUCUCGCGUUGGGUGCACAGGGGAGGAAUCAGGGUUUCCAACGGCAAAAGAAACCCUAGAUUCUUGAUUGGGUCGGUUGGGCAAAAGGCAUGCGAUGUCGAUACUUUAGCGCUUCCUCUCGGAAUGUCAAUAGCCGCUGUUAUUUCUCAGGUUCUUGAGAGGAAAGAGGCUGAUAGAAGGAUAUCAGUAGAUCAUCUCUCUAUGAUUUGCAAAUUGGCCGUUAAAGAGUCGAUAGCAAACGUCUAUGGAGACAAGUUUGAUCCUUUUGUGGAGAACUUUGAGAAAUCAUUUCGUAGUACAUUGAGGACACUUCGAUUAGUAAAUGACUCAUCUCAAAUUACUUCCAACCGCCACCAAAGUUUCGAAAGCGGAUGCUCUAGUUCUAAUGUACAACAAGAUUGUUCACAUGAGCUAUCGGAUAAUCAGGAUGAAACUAUACAGAAUGUGCAGAGGGAUCCAACUAAUCGGGAAAUGGUAUUGCAUAAUGGAAGAAUGAGUGAACAGCUAAAUAUUUUUUCUACAAAUAGAAACUACACUCAAAGCAGCGACCUAUCCGCUACUAGCACUCUUGAAAAGUCGGUUAUUGAACAAACCCGUUUGAAUGAUCUCAAGACACUUGAGAUCAGUCUGACGUUGAGAAAAUUGGAACUGAAAGAGAAACAGCUGAGUCUAAACUCCGAUAUGAAUUUCUUGGAGAGGUGUAAAUUAUCCAUGGGCAUCUCGAAGGCAUCUUUCAAAGCUGAGAAAUUUAAGAAUGAGUUAGGAGAAAAGAUGUACUCCGAAAUGCUUAAGAAGUCUAUUGAUCUUUUCGUCGCUGGCAUGAUCAUCAUGUUGGCCUCUAUUGCAUAUGGAGCUUAUGUUUAUUCUUCCGAAAGGUUAUUCGAAUCCACUGGCUCAUGUGCUCCACCUAAGGAAUCAAAGAGUUGGUGGCCGAAAUCAAUGUUCUCAUUCAAUUCGAUAUUUCCUAUGAUAUGGUGUCACAUUCAAAUAAAAAGCCGGAUGUUGUUUGGUCUGCUAGUGUUUCUUGCGAUAAUAUAUUUGCUUUUCCAACGCUCAUCAGUUUUGACACAGUCUACGAUGCCUGUAACAUCGGUUCUCUUGCUGGCAGUUGCAUGUGGGUUCAGUGGCAAACUAUGCAUAGACACACUUGGAGGCAGUGGCUAUCACUGGCUAUUAUUAUGGGAGCUCUUGUGCUUUAUUCAUUUCUUAUCAAAUGUUUGUGCAUCGGUUGUGUUCUAUAUCUUGCACGGGCCUAUCUUGGUGAAUCAAACAUCCAUUAAUAGAAGAACCAUAUUUCCGUAUUGGAUCAGGCAAGUUAUGUUCUAUGGUUUACUUAUUUUCUUGCCUUUGUCGUGUGGACUUGUACCUUUUGCGAGUCUAUAUGAUUGGAAAGAUCACUUCAGCUCUCGAGGAAGUGAAUAUUUUGCUAACUAUUGGGACGGGCAGGAUUGAAUUCAAAUCAAUGCUUCUGUGUUUCAUUGGAACUAGUAAAUGUUGUUUUGUAUUUCUAAGUUAAUGUUGUGAGAGAAGAUUAUUUUGUAGACGGAGUUGAAAAUCUUGUCAUGGGAUUUUUUGCCCCUAUUUUAUUUAUCUAUAAGUUGUGAAUGCUACCAAAGUCAUGCUUAAUUUUAUUACUAUGUUCAUUUCA